CCUCGAGGCCCGGUCCCACCUCUCCACGCCCGCCCUCGGGGUUCCACGUGCCCGCCGCGGGGCCUGGUGCUGGAGUGGAGGACGCGGUGGCUCAGGUGUUUCGAUAUUUGGACCGAAGGGCGGAAGCCCGGAUCUGCGCUUAGGCGGUGCAGCGUUAGCGCACGUAAUGGGGCUGAGGGAACAGCCUUGGGCCAUCAUUACCAUUAGCCAAAGGAUGGCUGUGCUAGCUUCCUUCCAAACUGCUCCCGGAGUGACCUUGGGCAGGUCACUUGCUCUCUCUGAGCCUUAGUUUCCCGGUUGGCAAAGUGGGGCUGAUGCUAACUUUAGAAAGCCCUAGUCAGGGUAUUGAGGACUGAAACUACAAGAUGGCUGACCAGGACCCCGGGGGCAUCAGCCCCCUCCAACAUAUGGUGGCCUCAGGCGCUGGGGCUGUGGUCACCUCCCUUUUCAUGACACCCCUCGAUGUGGUGAAGGUCCGCUUGCAGUCUCAGCGUCCAUCAGUGGCCAGUGAGCUGGUGUCUUCCUCUAGACUCUGGAACCUCUCCUAUGCCAAAUUGCCCUCUUCUCUCCGAUCUACAGGGAAGUGUCUUUUGUACUGCAAUGGUGUCUUCGAGCCCCUGUACCUGUGCCCAAAUGGUUCCCGCUGUGCCACCUGGUUUCAGGACCCUACCCGCUUCACUGGCACCGUGGAUGCCUUUGUGAAGAUUGUGAGGCAUGAGGGCACCAGGACCCUGUGGAGCGGCCUCCCAGCCACCCUGGUGAUGACUGUGCCAGCUACCGCCAUCUACUUCACUGCCUACGACCAACUCAAGGCUUUCCUGUGUGCUCGAGCCCUGAUCUCUGACCUCUACGCACCCAUGGUGGCUGGGGCACUUGCCCGCCUGGGCACUGUGACUGUGAUCAGUCCCCUGGAGCUUAUGCGCACAAAGCUGCAGGCACAGCAUGUGUCGUACCGGGAGCUGGGUGCCUGCGUCCGUGCUGCAGUGGCUCAGGGAGGCUGGCGCUCACUGUGGCUGGGCUGGGGUCCCACUGCCCUUCGAGAUGUGCCCUUCUCAGCCCUGUACUGGUUCAACUAUGAGCUGGUGAAGAGCUGGCUGAGUGGGCUCAGGCCGAAGGACCAGACAUCCGUGGGCAUCAGCUUUGUGGCUGGCGGCAUUUCAGGGACGGUAGCUGCGGUGCUGACUUUACCCUUUGACGUGGUGAAGACCCAACGCCAGGUCGCACUGGGAGCGAUGGAGGCUGUGAGAGUGACACCCCUGCACGUGGACUCCACCUGGCUGCUGCUGCGAAGGAUCAGGGCUGAGUCAGGCACCAGGGGACUCUUUGCAGGCUUCCUCCCCAGGAUCAUCAAGGCCGCCCCCUCCUGCGCCAUCAUGAUCAGCACUUACGAGUUUGGCAAAAGCUUCUUCCAGAGGCUCAACCAGGACCGGCCCCUGGGCCGCUGAAGGGGAGUGAAGCAAGGACCCUGUCUUUCCACGGAUAGGGCGAGCAGGAAGAGGAGACUGAGCCAAGUGCCUUUUCCUCAGCAUGGAGGGGAGGGCUGUUUCCCUUCUCUCUUGGUGACAAGCCCCGGGGGAUAGGGCUGCCCUAGGGGCCGCCCAAGCCAUCCUCAGACACAGCUUUCUCCCCACUCCUGAGGAUCACCACUUUCCCCCUCUCCAAGUUCAAGACCAAAUCUGCUGUCUGUCCCCCACACCCCUGCUUUGUGUUUCCCUUUGUGUUUGCUGUAGCUGGGCCUGUCGCCAGGAGCCCAGAAACCCUGGGCCUGGCUUAGUCUCUCUCACCCCUGUUAAUUCCUUAAGUCUAAAGAUGAUGAACUUGUG